AUGGCGGAAGUGAUCAGGUCAGGGAUCAGAUAUAGGGAUGUCGAUGGAGAAAAGAUUGCUAUCAUCGUCUUAUCUGCGGUUUUCACGUUAUUUACCUCGGCACUAUUGGGGUCACAUGUUGAUUUAAUCAUGCACAACCAAACAACGGUUGAGUCUUUGGGUAUGCGAAGAAUGAAAGAGCGCGAGAAAGUAGUUUUGGCACGUCUGCAUGCUUGGUAUGAGCUCGCCGCUAAAGGCCGAACAAAGAGGCAUUGGGACAGUGAAUGGGGCAAGAUUGGCUCGGAAGGAAAUCUAUGGUGGCUUGGGAGCUAUAGACAGAACUGGGAGUCAGUCAUGGGUACCCAUAUCUGGGAGUGGUUCUUGCCGAUCGGACGAAGCCCCUCGGAUGGUCUGACGUUCCCGACGAAUCCGCGGUUCGAUGCUGAAGGCCGAUGGCAACCUCGGAACAAAUGGCCUCCAGAGUUACGUUACCACCCUCUGCCCGUUGUUUUCGAUAGAGCGAAAGGCGCAAAGGUAUGGGACCCAGAGGGGCAUGAAUAUAUCGACAUGCUCUCCGCCUAUUCGGCGGUUAACCAGGGACAUUGUCAUCCCAGGAUUGUCAACGCCCUCGUUCAGCAGGCGCAGAAGUUGACGCUUUCCUCGCGUGCUUUCUACAAUUCGACCUUCGGUAGUUUUGCCCAGAAGAUUACUCAGCUGUUUGGAUAUGACAUGGUCCUUCCCAUGAACACAGGCGCAGAGGCUGUUGAAACUGCUAUUAAACUAUCCAGGAAAUGGGCAUACCAGAAGAAGGGUGUACAAGAUGGGAAGGCCAUCGUGCUCAGCGUUGAGGGUAACUUCCAUGGAAGAACGAUCGGCGUCAUUAGCAUGAGCACCGAUCCGGAGAGCCGUGGAGGGUUUGGGCCCUAUCUUCAAGCCGUUGGUCCGGUGUUCGAGGAUAACGGGAAAUCAAGGAUUCUGCGGUAUGGCGAAAUCUCCGACCUCGAACGUGCUCUGGAACUUCAUGGAAAGAAUGUUGCCGCAUUCUUAGUGGAGCCAAUUCAGGGCGAAGCUGGAGUCGUCGUACCUCCUGCAGGCUAUCUCGCGAAAGUCCGUGAGCUAUGCACUAAGCAUAAUGUGCUACUUAUUUGCGAUGAAAUCCAAACGGGUCUGUGCCGUACUGGUAAGAUGUUAUGCUGCGAGCACGAUAAUGUAAGGCCGGAUAUUGUGCUUCUUGGGAAAGCUUUGUCUGGUGGAGUUUAUCCAGUAUCAGCUGUGCUGGCUGACCGAGAUAUCAUGCUGUGCAUUCAACCCGGUGAGCAUGGCAGCACAUAUGGAGGCAAUCCACUUGGUUGCGCAGUAGCGAUGACGGCACUCGAUGUCCUUGUCGAGGAGAACUUGGCGCAUCGCGCUGAAGUAUUGGGCGAGAAAUUCCGGAACGGUAUCAAAGCCAUCGAUUCACCACUCAUCCGUACUGUCCGCGGCCGCGGCCUCUUCAAUGCUCUAGUCCUUGAUGAAGAGGCUAGUACUAAUGGGCGCACUGCGUGGCAGUUCUGUCUCCUAUUGAAGAGCCGAGGCGUUCUAGCCAAGCCUACCCAUGUUAACAUCAUCCGAUUCGCACCUCCGCUUGUCAUAUCCGAAGAGGAUCUCAUGAAAGCCGUGAGGGUCAUAAAGUCAUGCCUCGUCGACCUCGAUCAGCUCGACGACAUCCCCGGGGAGGUGGAGAGCGAGAAGGGGCAUAAAGACACACUGACGCUUUAA